GAUAUGGGAGAAAGUUUUUCUCCCAGAGCGUGGGACUUUGGAACGCUGCCUCAGAAGGCUACAGGAAGGAUGUGAUAGCGUUGAUUGGCAUAUAACAGUUCGGAUGCGAUCGCCCUAGAGAGAGUGCAGAUGUUGCCUGGCUGUAGUAAUUCCGCUGUGAAGAGAGACCAGACAAGUUGCGGUUGUUUACCUUCGAUCCCUCUGCCCAGCUAUGGCGUCCGACGACAUGGUGAGGUUUCAGUUCCCGAGCCAUGAGGUGACCAUCCUGAAGAAGAUGAACCAGCUGCGGCUGGAGGAGCGUUUCUGCGACGUGACCAUCGUGGCGGACCAGCUGCGGUUCCCGGGUCACCGGGUGGUGCUGGCCGCAUGCUCGCCGUUCCUGCGUGACCAGUUCCACAUGAACCCGUCGCAGGAGGUGCAGGUCUUCCCCAUGACCGGCGCCCAGAUUGUGCUGCGCCUGCUGCUCUCGUGCUACACCGGCCGCCUCGAGUUCCCCUUCAACGACAUCCUCGACUACCUGACGGCCGCGAGCUGCCUGCAGAUGGAGCACGUGGUCGAGAAGUGCCGCCAAUCGCUGUCGCCACGCAUCGGGCCCCGCGUGACCCCGUCCGAGGGCGUCGAGGAGGGGCCCGGCACGCCGCAGAUCGCCAGCUCGUCGGAGCGGGCACCGGACGCCGACAGGACGGCUGCCUGGGAGGCUGCGGCGGGGCCAGAAGAGAAAGUGCCAAGGCGGACGCCAGCCGAUGAUGUCGUGAAGCUGGAGUCAGAGCAGCGCUCGGAUUUCGGCGGCACCGAGGACAUCUGCAUCCACAAGGUGGAGUCGCUGGCCGACUGCAUGGAGGGUUGCCCAGAUCCGGAGGGAAAAGUGCGGGGCCCUGAGGCCGCCAACGGCCUGGAGCCCGAUCCGGGCAUCCACUCAACGGCAGGCGGCUACCCGGACGCUGGCGGCCCCCCUUACGACAUGUCGGAGGUGAUGAUCUCGGAUGAGUUCCAGGAGGAGGACUAUGAGAGCUCGGCCAGCGAGGAGUGCCGCAGCAGCGGCUUCGCCGGCAACUAUUAUCGGCCGGGAGAGGAUCACCCGCCGCUGGCAGCGCAGCAGCAGCCGCCGCCACCGCCUCCCACUGCCGCGCUGGCGGGACUGGGCGCCAAGGAAGGGGAGUCAGCACGCAGUCCCGGCCUGUGCUCAGAGUGUGGCGCACCGUUCGAGCACCGUGAGCACCUGGCCGCCCACAUGGUGGUCCACAAGCUCUACAUGUGCCUGCUGUGUGGCAAGGUGUUCAAGAAGAACGCGCGGCUGGCACAGCACAUCAACGUGCACACCGGCUUCAAGCCGUACUGCUGCGCCAUCUGCGGCCGCACCUUCACGCAGAAGCGCUCGCUCAAGGACCACAUGAAUGUGCACAACGGAGACUCACCGCACUGCUGCAACUACUGCGACAUGCGCUUCACCCACUACAGCACCCUGCGGGUCCACCUCCGGGACCAGCACGGCAAGACCACCACACGCAACAUAGAGAACAAGCCUGCCGAAAUCAGCCUGGUGGUGCCUUAGCAAUUGCUUUUACCCACCCAAACCUCUACUAACCCAGUUCCACCCCCCCCCAAUCCUCCCCUCCACUACAAUCUUCACUCUAUCAAGUCUGAAUCUCCAUCCUUCCCCACCCUAUACCCCAUUCAACUUCCCUCCCUAUCUGACCCGAAUGGCCUCCUGCCGAAAAAGAAGCACCCCCUUUUUUUAAGACAACUUCGCAGUGCAGCCAACCCGAUUAACAGCACACAGUUUUGUCCCGGUUGGCCUAUUCCAAUCAAUGGACUCGCCACCAAAUUCUUUGUCCACCUUCUGCUCUUGUCUGUCUGAGUUUUUUUAACCGACCGGCCUAACCUCACCGUUGCCCGGUUUGUUUUAUUUUGUAUGUCUCCGUGACAGGAAACACCUCUUUUGUGUAAUCUAUAUUUUUAUUGCAAAAAAAAUAAUAAUUUGUGAUUUUGGAAAGAAAAGCAGAAAUCAUUUCUUUUUAAAACCUCCUGUUGCGCGAGUUGUUAAUUUGUUAGGGAACGUAGGGCAUUGUUCCUCCCAGUGGGAUUUAUUUCACUGAGGGCUUUUAUGGUGGUCUUUUCAGUUAUCAGGGCAGGUAGUUGCCACGCAAUCUAACACUCCAUCAUAAGCACAGUUUCCAAAUCGUGCAGCCUGUACAUUAAGUUGUCGGGGUUGCUGCUGUCACUGUUAUAGCUUUUGCAAUCAGAUUUUGUUCACAGCAUUGCAAUCAAUAUUGAAGAGCCACUGACUGCUGUUUGAGUUUUUGAGGGGGUAGAGAGAUUCAAGGUCACCACUCCCCUGGACGUCAUGAAACAGAUGGAGGCCAUUCAGCCCCUAGACCGUGUCUUGCUUUUCCACAUAAUGCCUACAGUGCAGAUAUGGUAAUUCAGCCCACGGAGUCUACACUGCCCCUCUGAAGAGCAUCCCACCCAGAAAUGCCCCAACCCCAACCUCAGAACAAUGCAUGGGUUUUUAACCUCAUGGCUAAUCCACCUAACCUGCACAUCUUUGAAUGUUUACAGGGCAAUUUUAGCAAGGCCAAUCCACCUAUCCUGCACAUUGUCGCUGUGGGAGGAAACCCAUGCAAAGACUGGGGAGAAUAUGCAAACUCCACACAGUCACCCAAUGCUGGGAUUGACCCUGGAACUGAGGGAUAGCAUUGCUAAUCAUUGUGCCACCAUGACAAUCUCAUUUGAUAAGAUUGUGACUAAUUCUACGCCCAACUCCAAACAUGUGCCUUUACCCUUUAUCCUUUGAUAUCUAACUAAAACAUAUAGCUCUCAGAUUUAAGAUGAGUAAAUUAUUGAGCAUCAAUUGCCAUUUACGGAUGAGGAUACCUACUGCGACCUAUGUACCUAGAUGUAUUUCCUAAUUUUGCUUGUGAAAGGUUUAACUCUUAAUUUUUAAAUAGUGGCCCUUCAUUUUUGACUCCCCACCCAGCAGAAAUAGUCUUUUUUUUCUCUUAUCUACCUGACCUGUUGCCCUUAACAUUGUGAAAACUUCAAUCAAUUCAGCGGUAUCCCUCUGAAUUCCAGGGAAAACAUCUUUAGUUGUUGUAAAAUCUGAUGGGAUUCAACUUUCAGAGUCCAGCUAUCAUUCUGUUGAAGCUACCCUGCACUCCCAUUGUAAACCUCUAAAAGUGUGAUAUCCUGAACUCCUCACUGUUACUCUUGGUGUGCCCUAACCGGGGUCUUCUAUCGCUGAAGUAAGACUUCCAACUUUUUGUAUUCCUGUCCUCCAGAUAUAAAAGGCCUGCCUUCUUUAGCUUUUGGUUUGAUUGUUUUCUGUACUUGUUCAUGACAUUCUAAUGAGCUUCCGACCUAGGCUUUCAAGUCUCUUCAGAUCCACAUUGUUUCCAGCUUUUCACCAUCAUAGGGAAUAAACCAACAGCUCCCACGUCCAAUAGGGAAUUUAAAAAAAGACAAAUUCAGAUGCUAUAGGUGGGUAUCUAACCAAGGCUGAAGUAUCAUUUCUUCCUCUCUCAUGCCAUCUAUUAGCUUUUGAUUUGUUCUGAUCAUUUUUAGUAUCCAUCUGCUGGAUGUAAAUGAUCCAUCUAUUGAAUUUCAAAAUCCUUUGAGACUAUGUGUAAUCUCUCAGAAGCUGUUGUCUUUAAACUGGAGUUUUCCGAAUAUCAGACUUUUUAGAAUGUGUCAUGCAUUUUUUUUUAAAAAGCAUUUGUUCAAUUAAAAUUAAUGCAGCAAUUUGGCUAGAAACUGCAGCAGGUAGGAUAUGCAGAGGAGAUAUAUAGAUUGGUAUCUUGAAUGAACAAGUUAUGAGAAAAGUUUGAACAGGACUUGUUUCUAUUUGAGUUUAGAAGAGUGAGGGGUCACUUGGUUGAAGUGUAUAAGAUUCUGAACAGUUUUAACUAGGUGGACAUAAAAAAAUGAGAUGUUUCUUCUUGUGGGUGAGCCCAGAACCAGUGGACACUAUUCGAAAAUUAGGUUUGCUCAUCAAGGCAGAGAUGAGGAGAAACCUCUCUCAGAGGGUUGUGCAACUUUGGAAUUCUCUGCCUCAGGAAGCUGUCAUUGUCUUAAAAAUAUUCAGAGGUCGUUAGAUUCUUGUUAGGCAAAGCAAGAGUUGUGGGGGUAGAUGGGAAUGUGGAAAUAGAAACAAACAGAUCUGCCAAGAUCUUAUCAAAUUACAGACUAGGCUUGAAGGGCUGAAUGGACUACUUCUGUAUUCUUUCCUGGUCUGCAAGUAACAUGACCCCACCAGGUGGACCACUGGUCAAAGUAUCUGACCAGAAGUACAGCCAGUCCAAUCUUGAAGCUGAAAGGUUUUGAGGGAGUGUUAAGAGUACAUUGAUGUAACUUUCUUUGGUCUGAAGUGGGUGGCUCCCCACUUUGCCUUGAAUUCUUGAACUCUACUGCCCACAGAUGUCCCUGCUCACUUGGUCUGCUUGUUUGCCUUUGGGAAUUUCUGACCUCGUGUGCACUGCUCACUCGUUCCCAAAUUACUGUAAUCCACCAGUAACCAGAAUGUGCAGCAACAUGAAGUCUAUUAUCCAGCUUAGGGCCAUCAACCUUUUGGAAAAGUUGUGAAGAUAUCAGAGAGAAUGUGCAAGACAUUCAUAAGAAUAGUUUCAGAGAUAGGACUUUGGUUAUGUUGAAACGUUUGGAUUUUCUUUUAGGGGAGAGAAGAUUGAGGGGAGAUUUGACAGAGGUGUUCAAAAUCAUGAAGUAUUUGGAAAAACUAUAGAUGGAAGGACAUACAUCCAGAGGGCACAGAUUUAAGGUAAUUAGCAAAAGAUCCACAGUGACAUGAGAAACAACUUUUUUAUGCACAGCAAAUUAUUAGGAUCUAGAAUGCAAGAAGAGUGUGAUGGAGGCAGAUUCAAUAAUGGCUUUUAAAAUAAGUAUUUAAAUAUUUGAAUAGGAAAACAAUAUAUAGGGUCAGGAAGAAGAAUGGAAGAGAGGGACUUGGUGGUUUUCUCUUGCAGAGAGCCAGCACAGCCACAACAGGAUGAAUGUGCUGUAACCCUUCCAUGAUGCAACACUCUAUUCCUUUUCCCACCCAUUAUUAAAUAUACCGAUAUGGUUUGCGUCCCAACACACAACACUAGGGACACCAGUUGCCACAUCCUGUCAAUUGCUUAUUCUCUGUAUCCUGUAAUUUCCCCAAAUGAUCCCAGAGUGAUAUGUUUGUGAAUGCACUCUGGAAGUCAUCCACAGCAUUCAUAAUAUUAUCUACCCUAUUACUGAUCUGAUUCCUAGGUUGGUGGGACUGUUAUAUGAGUGGUGAUUAGGUACCCUGAGUUUAUAUUUAGAAGAAUGUGAGGUGAUCACAUUGAUACAUGUAAAAAGAUACAAGGAUAUCUCCCUUGUUUGGGAAGUCAGGAACCAUUGGAGGGCAGUCUUAGAAGAGAUGGACUGUUAAACAGGUUGAGACUCAUUAGAAUGUAGAAGAAUGAGAGAGGAUUUCAUUGAAACAUAUGGGAUUCUUAAGGUUUUGACAAGCUAAAUACUCUUGGGAUGUUUCUUCUCAUGGGAGAGUCUACGACAAGAAGGCAUAGUGUCAGAAUAAAGGGAUAAAAAUUUAAGGCUGAAAUAGGAAGAGCUUUUUUUCUGUCAGGAUUAUGAGUCUUUGGAACUCUUUGCUGCAGUGAACUCUGGGAGCAGUGUCCUUGUGUAUAUAUAAGGCUUAGAUAUACAGAUUCUUGAUCAGUAGGGGAAUCAAGGGUUAUGGGGAAAAGCCAGGAAAAUUGACAUGAGGAAUAUUGGAUCAACCAUUAUCCUAUUGAAUAGAGGAGCAGACUCUUGGGGCAAAAACAUUUACUCCUUGUUUUAUGUUCUCUAUAUGACUUGAGUUGAAGAGGAAUUUCUUCACUCAGGGUGGUGAAUUUUCCAUUCCAGAGGACUCUGAAUGCUUAGUCAUUGAGUAUUUUAAAGACCGAAUGGACAGAUUGCAAAAGAUACCAAGGAUUAUGGGGAUAGUGCAAAAAAUGCAUUGAGGUUGAAGAUCAGCCUUGAUCUGGUUGAACAGAGGAUCAGGCUGAAGGAUCCUAAUGACCUAUUCGUUAUCCUACAUUUCUAUUUUCCUAUUAGCUCUUAAAUUCUACUUGAUUAGAAGGACAUAUCCACUGUUAAAAAUACUGACUCUCUCAAUCCACCUCUUAUCAAGUAAACAUUCAAGCACUUCAUACCUGUAAUGAGUAGGAGCGACUUUGAGGGCAGAAAAUAUUGUAAUUUUCAGAUUGCAAUGAAAGGAGAAGUGGUAAUAACCAGAGCGGUUGUAAUGGAGAGUAUGUACUGGAGGUUGAGGCUGUAAUGAUGAAUUGUAAUGCAAAGUGUUGUGUAAAGAAGGUGGUGUUGCAAGUCUGAUGUCAUUUAUGAUGGUUAUGAUAUUGAUUUAGUAAUGGAGAUCGAGUUGUGACUUGAGGUUUCAAGUACAUUUCAUCAGGACAGUUGGAGAGGUUAGUUAAAUAAAUAGCAAAUAUAAAGCUGGUAUCGGCUUGAUGAUCAUCAAGCUACUUUGUUUAAAAAUGCUAUCCAUUCAUCAAUGUCCCAAAAGAAAGGGAAUCUCAUCUUGUUCCAGGGUGACCUACUCGUGACACCAGAUGCAUGUGGGUUCUCACUUAAAUGGUUGCAAAAAGCCACUCAGUUUGUUUCUUUCUCGGGGCGUCCAUGAAUGCCAGCAUUAUCAGCAAUUCCCAAAUCCUUUUGAUUUGAUUCAUUUAUUGUCACGUGUACCUAAGUACAGUGAAAAACAUUUUUAUGAGCUGUACAGGCAGAUCAUAGUAAGCAAGGACAUAUAGAUCAUUGGGUGAAAGAAAAACUUAAGAGGUAUACAGGUUACAAUGCGCAGGCCACUAAGCAGGAUCAACAUUAGUAAGAUCAGCAUUAUUUGAAGUUAGAGAAUCCAUUCAUUAGUCUAAUAACGGUCGGGAAGAAACUUCCUGAAACUGCUGGUGUGUGUGUCCAAGCUUCUGUACCUUUUGCCUGAUAGAAGAAGUCGGAGAGCAUUACCAGGGUGCAAUGGGUCUUUGAUGAUGUUAGUAGCUUUCCUGUAGCAACAAGCCAUGUAAAUGGAGCUCAUGGAUGGAAAGGUGACUUCUGUGCUUGUCUGGACUGUGCACACAACCUUCUGUAGUUUCUUAAGGUCUUGGCUAGUUGCCAUUCCACGCUGUUAUGCAGCUGGAUGGAAGGCUUUCAUCCGAAUAAGUUUAUGAGGGUCCUUAUAGACAUGCCAAAUUUCCUAAGCCAUCUGAGGAAGGAGGCGUUGUUUUGCCUUCUUCACUGUUGUAUCAACGUGUGAAGUCCAGGACAGUUUGUCAGUUAUCGUCGUUCCUAGGAACUUGAUGCUCUCUACCCUCUCAACCUCAGCUCCAUUGAUGUAGAUGGAGGUGUGCUCUCCUCCUUUCUUUCUGAAGUCAAUGAUCAGUUCCUUAGUUUUGCCAAAGUUGAGAGAAAAGUUGUUCUCAUUGCACUACAUCACCAAACCCAAGUGAACAUUAAGAAAGAAAGAAUUGGUAUCCAUUGCCUGCCUUGUGAAAUCAGUGAUUGGGAAAUGGCACACUGUCCUGUAACUCCAAUCAUUUUUGCUUUAUGUACACUGGGUAAAUCAGGACAAAACAGUGAUCCAUACACUCGGGGACAUUUACCUCAUGAAUCAAUGAAUGACAAACAGUGAAUGUUCACUGACACCAAUGAUUUGAUGGGAAAUCAGCAGG